UUCAGAUGAAACUUUCCCUAACAUUCCAUACAUCCCUUAUUUGCCUCAAUCCAGCUCUGCAGGAGUCACCAGUAUGGAUCCUGUAUACCUCCAAGGGCAAACAAUACACACUGGUGCAAACUCGAUCACCUUUGAGAAUAAAUACACUGGAGAGACAAUUAUCCCUGAAACAAGGACACAUACUGGAGAGAUAAUAUGUGAUUACUGUAGUAAAACAUUUGUGCGGACCCAGGAUAAGCAGAGACAUAUGAGAAUCCAUACUGGAGAGAAACCAUUCCAAUGUAGCCUGUGUUUAAAGAAGUUCCGGCAGACUGCACACCUGAGAGGCCACAUGAAGAAUGUUCAUAAAAUGCAAGCAACACCAACAUCUGCUUCCAUAGUUCACCAGUGAAAUCAACAGCUGCCUCCAUAGCUCACCAGUGAAAUCAACAGCUGCCUCAAUAGUUCACCAGUGAGAUCAACAAGCUGACCUAGUCAAAAUCAAUGGCUGGUCAUUGGUCAUUUAGACUGAAUAUGUGGAGACUAAAUCAUAAUUUUUUACCAUUCAGGAGAAAAACUGCAUACAGUAGUGUGGAAUUAUGGAGAACGAUGAUAGUGACUUAUAGCU